UGCACCGGCUCCAAGCAAACUUGUAGAUCAUCCGUAUGCUAGCGUGCAAUGAACAACACUUCAAAACUCUUGCCAGUACCAUCUCAAGAUGUCUGUCCUCCUUCCGUUCCACAAGUCUAUCCUAGAGAAGAUCCAUGAUCCCGCAACAUCCGAACUUGUCCUCAUCGCCCGUGGCCUAGGGCUGCGCCGUAUUGUCUGCAAGCUAUUGCAAAUAUACGACUCGCCCAACAACCUUAUCCUCCUAGUGAAUGCGACUCAAGAAGAAGAGGCCGCUAUCGGCGAAGAGCUUGGCAUCAUGGGUUGUAGGAACCCCGGCCUACGCAUUGUCGGUUUCGAGACGGGCAGAAAGGACAGACAGGACUUGUACAAGAAGGGCGGACUUGUGUCCAUAACCUCGCAGAUUUUCACCGUCGACAUGCUCACGUCCGACAUUCCGACUCACCUAAUCACGGGAAUACUCGUCUUGCACUCAGAGAGAGUGACGCCGACGGCAGCAGAAGCGUUCAUUGUCCGUCUAUACCGCGAGAAGAACAAGAAUGGCUUCCUCAAGGCGUUCUCCGACCAGCCUGAACACAUCACUAGCGGACUGUCUCCUUUACGAACCAUCAUGAAGGAACUUCAGCUUCGGACAGUUCACAUCUAUCCCCGCUUUCACGCGGAUAUUAAGGAGUCGCUCGAUCGAAAAACCCCCGACAUCGUCGAGCUGCACCAGGACAUGACAGAGGGCAUGGCCGAAAUCCACCACGGGAUUGUGCAGUGUAUGACCACGACGCUCGCCGAGCUCAAGCGCGCGAACAGCACGCUGGACCUAGACGACUUAUCGAUCGACAACGCCUACUUCCGCUCGUUUGACAUGAUCGUCCGACGCAUGCUCGACCCCGUCUGGCAUAAAGUCGGCCCACGCACGAAGCAACUCGUUGGCGACCUUGCGACACUCCGCCGGCUGCUCACGUACCUGCUCACAUACGACGCCCUCGCAUUUCACGCGUACCUUGAGACAUUGAUCGCUGCAAACACGACCGCCGACUCCGGCUCUGCACGCCAGCACCAGUCGCCCUGGAUGCUCACCGACGCUGCUCACACGAUCUUCACGUAUGCGAAGCGCCGCUGCUAUGUGAUGAAUCCCGUGCCCAAGGCAGCUGCGCAGGUGAUCAACCUAGCUGACGACGACGACGAGGCGUGGGCAGCGCUGGACGAGGUGGAGGGUCGGCCAAGAAGCCAGGCCGGUCCGAGUCAUAAGGGGAAGGAGAAAGCGAAGGCCCCGAGGAAGAAGUGGCUUCCGGAGGGCAUGGAGCCCGUCCUCGAAGAGUUGCCCAAGUGGUAUCUCCUCGCCGACAUCCUGCACGAGAUCGAGGGGGAGGCGAUCAGGCUCGCACCCCUCCUUUCCUCCCAAUCCCCCGGGACGAACACAGUACUCAUCAUGGCCUCCUCCCUGCACACGUGCACGCUGAUCAAAGAUUUUCUGGCCACCAUGAAGGCGGACGCCCCGCGCGGCUCGCAGGGGCGACGCAUGAUGGAGGACAAGCUCCGGCUGUACCUCUGGUGGAAAGGCAAGCUCUCGGAACGCCGGGCGGAAGGAAGGGGCCACUUCGCUCUACCACAAGCCAAAGACAAGUCCGCCCCGGGUGCUGGUAGGGGCGCAGCAGUAGACGACGGCGUGAGCGAAGCGCUGAAGCGGAAGGACAAGGAACGGCUGGAGCGUGCGAACAAUCGACGGCGGAUUCGUGGGGGUGCACCUGCUACACCUGCGCCUACAAGGGACCGGACUGCCAGUGGGCCGCUCGGCGAGGUUGUGGUCAAGCAGGAGGCGGACGACAUCGCAGACUUCCUAUCUACGCAGGGCGUCGACGCUGCGGCGGAAGCGCUCAUAUCGGACGUGCCGUUAUUUACGAUGGACGACGACUUUGAUGCGCACUACGGACUGCUCGCACCCGAGCAGACGGUGCUCGUGCGCGCGUAUGCAGACGAUACAGACGACCAGGUCUUGCAAGAGGUCAAGCCGCGUUUCAUUGUCAUGUACGAGCCUAACCUCGAGUUCAUCCGGCGCAUCGAGGUUUACAGGAACUCGAAUCCGGGCCUUGGGGUGCGCGUGUACUUCAUGAUGUACAAGAUGAGUUGCGAAGAGGGCAAGUACCUCACCGGCCUGCGCCGCGAGAAAGAGUCGUUUGAGAGGCUCAUCAGAGAGCGCGGGACCAUGCUCAUGCCGAUCUUCGAGGACCGCACCUCGGCAGCCGGCGAGGCGCUCAUCAAGACCAUUUCUACUCGCAUAGCGGGUGGGAGGAAGGAAGUGAGCACGGAACCUGCACGCGUCAUCGUCGACAUGCGCGAGUUCCGCUCCUCCUUACCGUCUUUGUUGCAUGCGUCCGGGCUGCUCGUGCUUCCGGUGACGCUCACUGUCGGCGAUUAUAUCUUGACGCCGGACAUCUGUGUCGAGCGCAAGAGCAUUCCGGAUUUGGUUUCAAGUUUCAGCAGUGGCCGACUUUACACGCAAUGCGAGCUUAUGUCCGCGCACUACAAGCAGCCGAUCCUACUCAUUGAGUUUGAGGAACAUAAGUCCUUCUCUCUUGAGGCAGUUGCCGACGUGAAAUCGUACGCGAAGUCGAACAAAUUUCCCCCAAAGAAGAAGCCCGGGGAUGCGCCCGCAUCCUCCGCCGCGCAGUCGAUCCAGUCGAAGCUCGUACUGCUCACGCUCACCUUCCCGCGCGUGCGCAUCCUCUGGUCGUCUUCCCCCUUCGCGACCGCGGAGGUCUUCAACGACCUCAAGACGAACAUGGCGCAGCCGGAUCCGGGCAAGGCCGUGCUCGUCGGCGCGGAGGAGGACCCGGACGCAGGCGCGGGCGUGAACGCAGCGGCGGAGGAGCUGCUGCGGUCGCUGCCGGGCGUCACGGCGAAGAACGUGAAGCAUGUGAUGAAUCGGGUGAAGAGCGUGGCGGAGCUGUGUGAGCUGGGCUUGGGGCAGGUGCAGGAGAUCUUGGGCGUCGAGCCGGGGAAGGCGUGUUGGGAGUUUAUACACCAGGGCGAGCGCAAGUAAGUGCUUCCGAACAUAUAUCCCUGAAACACUCUGUUCUGGUUGGAUGUAGAUACACGGCGAACAAGCGUAAAGCAAUAAUCGUAACAUCGU